AUGGAUAGUAACAUGUCGACUGCCGCCUUCAUGCACCGGUCCGGUGGUUCUUCCGGCGCGCCCAACGCCGGCUUGGUGCCAUCGACCGGUGGCGGUCCUGGAAACCCAACAGGAGGCGGCAGGAUGGCCGUCAUCGGUGUGACCAGGAACGUGAGACUGAGACGCCGCGGAGCAUCCGGAUUUGGCUUCUCUCUGCGCGGCGGUCGCGAAUACGCGGCUGGAUUUUACGUGAGCGACGUACAGCCAGGAGGUGAAGCCCACCGAAAUGGAUUACGGGUCGGCGAUCAAAUUAUAAGAGUGAACGGGUAUCCGGUGGAAGACGCCGUCCAUCAGGAAGUUGCGCUCCUGGCAAAAAACCAACAAGUGCUCGUCCUCAAGAUUCGAAGCGUGGGAAUGAUACCUGUGAAAGACAAUCCGAACGAUCCGGUGACCUGGCACAUGGUGCAGCAGCAGCAGCAACAGUUGCAGUACAACGAGACCGGGCUUGGAGCUGUGCCGAGCACCGAGGUCAGGAUUCGAAUCCCGGUCGGGGAGAAGGGACGAUUGGGCUGCGGCGUUUGCAGGGGAAUCGUGCCCGGCCUCACUGUUCAGGGUACCAGAGACGAUGGACCAGCAAAGGCAGCAGGCCUGAAAGCCGGCGACGUGAUCGUCUGGUGCAACGGGCAACGACUUACCGAUCUUCCGUUCGAAAGAGCCAUCGAGGUGAUGAGAAGCUCCGCCGUUCUUGACCUGAUAGUGCAACGACCCACGCCAAAUCACCUUUACGACUGCCCGGAGCCGCUUUGGACCCGCGGAUCCAGCGGCUACGACUCCGAAACGUCAAGCGUGGCUACAGCUAGUCCGCAACCACAGCAGAAUUCUUCCUAUUCGCCGCAGCACAAUCACGAUCCCAGAAUGCACCAUCGAUAUCCUCGUGAAGAUGUCUGCAACCGAAAUGGAAGGACCUGCUGCCCGCUGGCCUUGUCCACGAGCAGCUGCAGUUCGUCGGAAUGGGCACACGUGGACCAGGCGCAAGAGUGGACCCGCAAGCCAAAUAACACCACCGUAAUCCGUAUCAAUCAGAACCAGAACCAGAAUCACAGGCACAUGGCCGUGCCAGGCCAUCCGAACUCGCGCAGCUACGACGAAGACAUCGACAACGAGCCCCUCUACGACCCAGUGGCACCACGGAUCGACUACGAAGUCCACGACUUCGAUGCGAAUCCUCGGGACGAGGCGAAUCGUCGAUUGGCUUUUCGACGGGACAACUGCAGACAACAGGAAUACAUUUACGACGGGCCGGCCGACGACAUUCCUUCGUAUCACGGAUCCAAAGAAAACGGCGUGCCGAGCGACGGGGAGAGGAAGACCGUGACCACGGUGGAGGUACAUCAAUCGGUGUGCCCACCAGCACCACCACCACCUCUGCCUUACAAGUGGUCCGCAGAGAAGCCAAUGAACGCUAUGGGUAUGCAAAUGGGCAGCACGAUGUCGAUGGGCAGCACAGGCUCGACGGAGACAGAAUCCAGCCUAGAGUCCUCGUGCAGCAAGGACUCCGCCUCGACAUCAUCGUCGUUAUCAACGUCGUCUUGCGAGCCGCCGUCGACGGUCUCGUACGGCUCGGUGACGACCGGCUCCGUUGUCGGGACCAAUAAAACCAACGACACACCGGCCACUGUACACCCGACACAGCGGAAUUGCGGCACAAGGACGUCACCGAUCGCCUGCACCGACCUAAGCACCGCCAUAACGCAAGAACUGCAAAGGCGGGCGCAGCAGAGGAGCAUGAACGCCAUCAAGGAAGGAAUGAAGGAGAGAACUCCGGAUGCGCGGAAGCCCCAAAAUCCGGAAGCUCUGAGGGCGCAAGAACAGAAAGUCACCCACGACAAGCUGAUGGAGGAGUUCAAGCGUGCUCACCGAAAGAUGUUCAACUCCGCUCAGCAAAAAGUUCAUUUCUCCGAUCAGCCGGCCGAGCAGGAGCAGGAGAAGAGGGUAUUGAAUACAUCGUCGACGACCAUUCCAAACAUUCCACCUGCGCCGCCGGCACCCCCGGUACCUACAGCGGCGCCGCCAGCCCCACCAGCGCCCCCUGCGCCGCCAGCUCCACCACCACUUCCGUUUGUCCCGAAGACCAAGAGCAACGAUGACGCCGUAGAAAUGCAGAGCAUCGAGUCGUUCAAGCUAAAAGACACGCCGAAUCCAGUGAUCCCAAAGCCACCGCCGACCUACUUCCCCUUACAAAAUUCAACUGCGACUACUAACGGAAGUCCCCGACACGUGGUCAACGGAAACAAACCGUUGGUGAACGGAAAAGAGCCGUCGAUCAGUCCGGUAUCGGAAGUGCCGAAGCCCGCUGUUAUCCCAUCUGCCGCUAUGAACGGACAGACCUUAAAGCCUGCGGGAGGAAAAGUCGCCAUUAGAAUAGGUGCGUACGAGGGAGAAGCUAAGCAACCCUCGAAGCUGGACUUCCUGUCGUCACAGCAAACACGACCCGAGAGAAACGGUAACAACGAACUGGCGAACGGGCCGGUGGUGUCCAGACUACAGAACGAACUGGCCGCCACGCUGCAGAGAUCGAACCUAAGAAGAAAGACUGACGGGGAGGUACAACCAACGAUCAAGCCGAUCGCCGAGAAUGCAGCAACGUCCAAUAACGAGACAACGAACUCAGAGCCGGGCAAACUGCCGCAGAGCAGCGUCGAGAAACUUGCCUCCGCUCUGAGCAACAAAGUCACCAUCAAAGUGAACCCGGAGCAGAAUAAUCGAUAAGAAGCUAGCUAUUUAGGUUUUAAGUCGAACGGAUCGAUUAGGGGUCCGCCUUGUACCUCCGCCACAAUGUACAUUUUUGCACGUCCUUUUUGAGAACCUACAUCGGUUUUAUUCUAGACAAAAGAUCGCUCCCCCUAUUGGUGAGCUUCUUUUUUACGUCUUUUACCCGUACGUCUUUUUUUAUAUGUUAUUUAUUAUCGUAUUAUAGCGAUUUAAGGAAGCUAUCGAAAGACAGAGGAAAGAGAAAAAACACAAAAAAAAAUAUACGGCUGAUACCCUUAUUAACCGAGACAAGGCACUGCGACAACCUUUUACCACGUAGGCCAGCGUCUUUAAACUUAGUCCCCUCCU